AUAUUCAUCCAAAUACACUUCAACUUGAUUAUUUCAUGGAAAAUUAUCGCCCCGAACUGUUUAUGCUCGUUAACUAGUUACGUGAAUUUCAGUGGCUUUGCAGGCUCGUUACACAAUGGUUACACUACUAUGGUGGGCAAUGUUCCCAACCUUGUAUUUGUCACUGGCGACCUCUGGCGGUAAACUACAAUGUACAUUGAAGUGACGUACCAUAGUGCGCUUGUCAUAUGACUAUCGAGGUCCAUACAAUUUUGGACAAUCCGGAUAUAGCAGAGAAAAUCGAUCAGUUGAACAUGCGACUCAAUACUUGACGUGCACUUUAUGUCAAAGAUCCUGAUAAAAACUAGAUAGAAUGCCAUUGUCAACAGCACUCAUCCCUCUCGCUUUGUUCAUUGGAGUAGCAACACGAUCCAGAGGCAGUGAUGAGUGUGUGGCCCGUAACUUUGGCCAUGGCUCGGUGGUGUGUGAGUGUAACUCCACCCACUGUGACAGUAUUGGGUCGGACACACUGCCUGCACUGGGUCAGUUCCUGUCCUUCACCAGCAGUAAGGCUGGCAGCAGGCUGCAGAGAGGACAGGGACAGGUACAGAAGAACAGCACUGAAGCAGUUCUCAGGCUGACUGUGGUUCCCUACCAGAAGUACCAGAGGAUCAGAGGGUUUGGAGGAGCCAUGACAGACUCAGCUGCCAUCAACAUCCUGUCUCUGUCCCCCAGAACACAGGACCAGCUACUACGACAGUACUUCUCUGCUCAGGGUAUUGGGUACAGUGUGGUGCGGGUGCCCAUUGCCAGCUGUGACUUCUCAACCCAUCUGUACACCUACGCUGACUCACCUGGCGACUACAACCUGGACAACUUUACCUUAUCACCAGAGGACACGAACAUGAAGAUCCCCCUGCUGCAGCGAGCCCAGGCCCUGUCACCCCGCCCCCUGUCUCUGCUGGCCAGUGCCUGGAGCGCCCCCGCAUGGUUGAAGACCAACGGUGCUCUCACUGGCAAGGGCUCUCUGAAGGGCCAGCCUGGGGGCAAGGAGCACAAGACCUGGGCUAAAUACUAUGUCAGGUUCCUGGAGGAGUAUGCCAAAUACAACCUGUCAUUCUGGGCCGUAACCACAGGCAACGAGCCCUCUGCUGGACAGAUGACCAACUACAGUUUCCAGGCUCUGGGCUUCACAGCAGAGGAGCAGAGGGAUUGGGUGGGCCUGGACCUUGGCCCCGCCCUGCACACCUCCGCACACCCCCACACACAACUCCUCAUCCUGGACGACAACAGACUGCUACUGCCACACUGGGCUAAAGUGGUCCUCAGUGAUGUGCGUGCUGGCAGGUAUAUCCAUGGUGUUGGAGUCCACUGGUACCUGGACACCCUGGUGCCGGCAGAGCUCUCCCUGGGCACUACCCACCACCUGUACCCAGAAUACUACCUGUUUGGAACGGAGGCCUGCGCUGGCUGGAGCCCCUCAGACAGAGGAGUACGGCUGGGCAGCUGGGAGAGAGCUGAGCAGUACGCACACAGCAUCAUACAGGACCUGAACCACUAUGUGGUAGGCUGGACAGACUGGAACCUGGCUCUGGACCAAGGAGGAGGGCCCAACUGGGUGAAGAACUUCGUGGACAGCCCCAUCAUCGUGGACCACAGCCGAGACAUCUUCUACAAACAGCCCACCUUCUAUAGCAUGGCCCACUUCAGUAAGUUCCUGUGGGAGGGGUCUCAGAGAGUGGGUGUGUCCUUCAGUCACGAAACAAAACUGGAAAGCUCUGCCUUCGUCAGGCCAGACGGGUCAGUGGUGCUUACCAUCCUCAACAGGUCGUCGUCAGAGGUCCAGUUUGAGGUGUAUGAUCCUGCUGUGGGUUUCAUCUCCUUCAGUGCUCCAGCCCACUCCCUGCUCACACUCGCUUGGAACACACUCUGACCGCACUGGAAUGGAACACACACCUUUACUGCCAGGGCCAAAGCAUUGUCACAGUCCCCACUACCAGGUCUGCUACAUUUCCACCACUACACACUCAACUCCCACCACCAUCCGAAGCCCAAUGUGCUGCCGCCUCAGAACAGCAUAUCUAAUAGAACCUGCAGCAUCGUGGGCUCUGGCAUUUCUGGGAUCAGAGCUUGAAAUGUGUGUGUGGUUUAGCCAAUACAGCCAAAUAUGUUGCAGGUUCCUAUGUAUCUGCACUGAUCUUUAUCAAGCUGGGAGAAGCUCUGGAAUGUGUGAAUAUAGCAUGUGAUCAAACCAGGACCAGGUACACUAACUACUAUGAUCAGACACUGCUGCUGCUUGAGACGGUCUGACCAUUACACUGCUAACAACCGUUUCUAAACUGAAAUCUGGUUUAGAAAAGAGAUCAUGUACCGAAUCUAUUAAUGCCGUUUAAACCAUUUGCCUUUUGAAUAAAUGAUGUGCCUCUAUUACGUCGUCACACAA